AUGGAUUUUGGAACUACAACUCAACCAAAGAUGUCUUCGUGGAAGCUGCUGGUUCUGGUCUUGUUCCUCUCCACACAGCUCAUCGAUGCAGUCGUGAGGAAAGAAGACCUGGCUAGAUUUGUGAAUGAACUUCUGAACGUAUACAUGCCAACGAUACCUGCAGGCCAUCAAGAGCCUCCCGCGUUCAGUCUGGCCAUUAGUAUCCCGCAGAAUGACUUAAGAAGACACGACUUCAGCAAAGUGAUCGCCGCUGAUCCUCCCGCAAACGUGCGGAUCGCCAUGGACCGCUGCCAGGUGUACACAGGCACUCGAGUGGUGGCUUCAACACUGCUAAAGUAUCCAGACUUCAUAACACGCUGUCCUAACGAGCCCAUAACCUGGGACUACGUCAAGCAGAAGUGUCCCACACUUCAGCGCUGGGGGGAUUUUGAACAGUGCACAAGCGGAGAAAUCAGGCAGCUGAAGCGGCUGCCGGAAGGGGAUGGGCUGGUCCAACAUGCCGAAUUUCGCGUCUUGGAAAACAUCCAAACUCUGACGAACAAAAUCAACAGGGUCAACGGCCUCCGCAGCAGCGACCUCAUGCUGUUUUACACGCACCGCUCGCCGUGCCACACACGCUGCUGCAGCUCACACCCCACCUUCAGCAUCAUCAACAAACUGGCCGGCAGUAUUCGUCGCUGGAAUGAUUACGCUGUGGUGUUUUCUGAAAUCUUUGUGCCGGGCAGAACUUCGUCCACAGGGGCUCAACUGGAGCAGGACCGUCGCACCGCGCUGCAAAACCUCGGGAACGGUAUCGGCGGCACGGCUAACAUCUACCGCUGCACCCGGGGCUCGAGCGCCUGCUACAGCUGCAACGCUCCAGGCGGGAUCAACAACGACUGUGUGAGAGCCCCACGCAGCCCCAGUGCUCCCCCUGGUGGGCACUGA